UGGGGCAGUUGGUACCCAUGUGUUGUCAGUGAGCGAUGAACAUCUGGAUGAGGAUGUUCUCUGUGUUGGAAUGCUGUAUCAUUCUAAAAUGUGAACUAAAUGUUUAAUCUAAUGAUUAUUGUGCUUCAGACUAUAAGAAUUCUGUGAUAGUAUCUCAUGAUGCACUAAAUCUUAAUUACUGCAUAACUAUUACAUUUUAUUAUUGCACCAUAAAUAACUGGGGGUUGAGUUGUUUUCCAAGUCCUAAUUAUGAGACUAUUUGAAUUUAACCACUCCGAAAUCCUGGUCUUCAUUAUUGAGGACUGGAUGAAGUGAUCUGAGAUCAGAAUCAGUGCAGAUGAGCCGGAUGCAGCUAAACUACAGCCUCGCCUCAGCCUCUACAGCCUCUCCAGUGUAAAUCUGUCAUUAUUAUUAUUAUUAUGAUUAUUAUUAAUAAUCAGAAUAAUCAGAAUCAGUGCAGAUUAGCCUGAUGCAGCUAAACUACAGCCUCUCCAGUGUAAAUCUGUCAUUAUUAUUAUUAUUAUUGUUGUUAUUAUUGUUAUUAUUAUUAUUAUUAUUAUUAAUAAUAAUAAUAAUAAUAAUAAUCAGUCUCUACAGUGUAAAUCGUGUCAUCAUUACAAUUAUUAUUAUUAUUAUUAUUAUCAUUAUUAAUAAUCAGAAUCAGUGCAGAUGAGCCUGAUGCAGCUGAACUACAUCAUCUCUUCAGUCUCUACAGUGUAAAUCGUGUCAUCAUCAUUAUUAUUAGUACUAUUAUUAUUAUUAUUAUUAUUAAUAAUCGGAAUGAGUGCAGAUGAGCCUGAUGCAGCUGAUCUCCACCGUCUCCAGCCUCCCCGGUGUACCUCGUGUCUCUUUAACGGAGGUACUGUCAGGACGGAGGGGGGGGGGCUGUAUGGGUGGAUGGGUUCAUCGGGUUCAUGUAGUAUUGGCCGCCUCCUCCUCUCCUCCUCUCCUCCUCUCCUCCUCUCCUCCUCUCCUCUCCUCUCCCAGCUCAGGUCGGCUGCUUCCCGGGCUCCCUCGGUAGAAGGGGUCGCUGGAAGGAGAGCAGCUGAUGGAAGAUGACAUGAAGUUUGCAGUAGAAACCGGCUGAUCGGUGGAACUUUUGAACCUUUAUUAUCCGGGACACAGAAACCGGAUCAGCUGGUGACUCCAUUUUUAGGUCAUUCGAGGCAUCUCGCUAACUUGUGUGUGUGUGUGUGUGUGUGUAUGAGUGUAGCUCCAUCCAGCCGGCUGUAUGAAUCAGCCUGCUCUAUUCGGUUACUAGUGGCCCAGUGGGGAUGCUGCUGUCUACUGGUGGAAUAUAAAUCAUGAUGGCUGAUGGAUGUUGCAGAGGGAUGGACAGAGGAAGGGGUAAGAUUGCAUCAGAUUCUUUACCGAGAGCCACAUAUCCUCCUCCUCCUCCUCCUCUUCCUCAGCAGCAGCAGUAUGUCCACAGCCCCGGCUCUCAGCAGCAGCAGCAGCCGGGCUCCCAGCAGCAGCAGCCGGGCAGUGACAUCCAGGAGUUAGCCUCCAAACGCGUCGACAUCCAAAAGAAGCGCUUCUACCUGGACGUGAAGCAGAGCGCCCGCGGUCGCUUCCUGAAGAUCGCGGAGGUUUGGAUCGGUCGAGGCCGGCACGACAACAUCAGGAAGAGCAAGCUGACUCUGUCCAUGUCCAUGGCUCCGGCGCUCCGCUACUGUCUGGGAGACUUCAUCGAUUACUACGCGCGGAUCGGACUGCGCGGGGCCCUCGCGCCUCCGCAGCUCGACGAGCACAGCGGCAACAACCACCAGCAGGGCCGCGCGCACGACGCCCGCAGGAGAGCGCAGGACGCCGCGCGCACCGUGCUGUCUCCCACCGGCUCCGCGGUGUCCGACGACCAUGCACAUCGCGUCCUCAAGAGCGACUUCAUCGAGCGGGACAACAGGAAGUACUUCCUGGACCUGAAGGAGAACCAGAGAGGUCGGUUCCUCCGCAUACGGCAGACUGUCAGUAAAGGACACGGCACCAUGGGCUACUACGGACAGGGCAUCGAGCAGACCAUCGUGCUGCCGGCUCAGGGGCUCAUCGAGUUCAGAGACGCGCUGUCGCAGCUCAUAGAGGACUACGGAGACGAGGACAGCGACGAGCGCGGCCGACCCGGCACCGGCGGCGUCGGCGGCGGCUCCAGGAACAACGACGACAACCCGGAGCUGCCGGAGGCUGCGUCCUUUCGGGUGGACAACAAGAGGUUUUACUUUGACGUGGGCUCGAACCGCUACGGGAUCUUUCUAAAGAUCAGCGAGGUGCGGCAGCCCUACAGGAACACCAUCACGGUGCCGCUCAAAGCCUGGGCUCGGUUCGGAGAGAACUUCAUCCGGUACGAGGAGGAGAUGAGACGCAUCUUCUCCUGUCACAAGGAGAAGCGGAUAGACGCGCGGCAGGACAGCGAGGAGCAGGACGACUGACCUUGGCAGUAGGCUAGUCUGUCUCUGUCUCUGUCUCUGUCUCUUUGCAUGUAUUCUAGGGACUCUUGUUACUGACAGUAACUAACCCCCCUAGAUACUGUCAAUGGUCCUGGUCCUGGAUGUGUCCCUAUACUCUAGAUGCAGUGUCCCCACCUUCACCUUUUUGGCUCAUCCACCUACCAAAGGGCUGCUAAACUACUAAUCUAAGUCAUUCAUCCACAGCCCGAUGCCUCCAUGUGUUUCAGUGAAAGAUCUCCAUCCUGUCUCAGUGCUGUUUAAUGCACUUUAACCACCAGGGGCGACCCGAGCCUUUGUAGCCCCCCCUCCUCCUUUAACUUGAAGAGUGGGCUGUAAACUACAGCUAGGUUUAGUUCUAAGUCUUAUUAGGAAUGUGGUACCUGUGAAACCACUUUAAUAAUUAGCCCCCUAAAGCCUAUACUGGACUGGGAAUCAGUUUUAUGGUGUGAAAAUGUGCAGAAAAACUGUCAACCACAACUGAUCACUGAAAGUAAAACAUAUAUAUAUACAAUAUAUAUAAUAUGUGAUGGUGCAAAAA